AGAUCACCUGUUUUCAAUAGAUACGGGAUAAUUCGGAGAUGAUUUCAUUGUUUUGAGCUAGUGAUGAAAAAAGUGCCUGAUCAUGGCUGGUCAGAUGUGGGACUUGGCGGCUACGCCAAUUGGACAAGCCAUUUCUGCUGGUGAUGUGGAUAAAGUGAACAGCUUAGUAAAGGAUGGAGAAAACAUUCUCUUUAAAGACAGGAAAGGGAACACAUAUCUCCACUAUGUGUGCACGAUGUACCAGCCUCGUGUAUUUUAUGCACUGGUUGCUCACGACAUUGAUGUAAAUGCACAGAACAGGCAUGGUAACACAGCUCUCCAUGUGACUGCGCUACAGCGUGAUGGCAGUUGUCAUGUGUCUGACUUGAUGACAUGUGGUAUUGAUCCAGCCAUCAAAAAUAAGGAUGGGAAGACUGCCGACAUGCUUGGAACACAAAACCGCUACUGGCACAUGAUCUUUCAAAAAUACAAGAAAUUAUUUGGCCCUAAUUUCACUAGUGGCCCUGGUAUUUGGCAAGCAGUUAUAGACCAUGACAUUCCAAAGAUCAAGCAACUUCUCCGAUCCUGGAUAAGGGUUGAUUGUCGAUACCAAAAGCAGACCCUGCGACAGUUUGCGGCCUGUCAGAAGCAUCAUGACAUUGUGGUGAUUAUUGAUGAACACAGAGCUACCACAGACAUGAUAUAUGGGGUGUUUGAGGGAAACCACGAGAAAGUGAGGCAGGCUCUGAAGAAAACAAGAUGCCGGGUCAACUUCCUGAAUGAAAUCUCAGUAAAAAAGCACAUUCUGCAAUAUGCUAUCAAGUUUAAGGACUACAAGUUCGUGAAAAUGUUGUGUGACGCAGGUGCUGACAUCAACGCUAGCGGAGCAGAUGUCAACACUAGCGUGAGAGUCAAUAACUACUUCUGGGGCCCACUGUACUUUGAAGUGCUGCACAAGGACAUCCCACACGACAUCAUGUGGCAUGUGCUGAAAUCAGGAGCUGACUUUACACUCAAAGAUGAGCGUGGAAGAACAGGAUUUAUGUACGCCCUUGACAAAGUGAAUGGUGAUAUGCCUCUAGAAGUUUUCCAGUACAUGCUCAGCAAGGGCGCGGAUAUAACUGAGAGGGACUGUACUGGUUGCAAUCCCCGGGAUAUAGCCAGGUUUGCCAGGAGGAGAGAUGUUGUGGAACUCAUUGACAAGUUCUAUGUAAAGAUUAUUCGAGACUCAGAUUGUGAUUCUCUUACCCAGAUGGCCGUAGAUGGAUACGACAGCCUCAUGAUUACUCACAAUUAUCGAGACACUUUCAUCUAUGCCUCUGGAAAUAAAACAGAUGAUGUCCUCCAGUUUAUCCAAUGGCUGCCGAGGUUUCAGGAUGAAGUGGCACAGCUCCAUAAAGCCAUCCAGACCUGCUCUGUCGAGGAAGUUCAAAGAAUCUUGGAUUAUUCCCCCUCCCCAGAUCUUAUUGUAUGCUACAGAAAUAAGGCAAGGAGAACGCCUCUAAUCCAAGCAGUGAUAUAUGGAAGACAAGAUGUGGUGGACUUGUUGAUUUAUCUGCCUUACGAGGUCAACAUUGAUGCCCAAGACUGCUGUAACAGGACGGCGUACCACUUUGCCUGCUGUUUGACAGGGGAACUAGGUCAGAAGAUCCGCGAUGACUUGAUAGAGGCGGGAGCAGAUACGAGCAUUAAGGAUGUGAGAGGUCAAACAGGUGAAGAGUUUGCACAGAGAGAAGGUGGGGAGCAUGUGAUUGAAAGAGAAAGACAGGCCAUAUAUGGACUGGCCAAGGAACUAGUCUGCGUAGAUAAGUAUGAAGAGUUGAGGACGCUUAUUCGAGCCAAGAGAAAAGGUCUGCCCGAGUUUAAGGACUUCCUAAGAACAUACAGGUUCCCAGUCGUUGCCCUGCACAAAGUGCUUUCUCCGUUGAUGCCAACUUAUCGAGACCUGAUAUUUCUGGCUACAGAUUACGGGAAACUGGACAUUGCUUACUUCUUAGCAAACAUUGGAGCUGAUCUUUGUAGGCAUGAAAAGUAUGAAAAGGAAGAUGCAGAAGGAAAUACGGAAAUAAAAUACUAUACACCUGCCGAGAGGGCUGCGCAUCUUGGUUUUCACGAUCUAUCUGAGUGUUUAAGGGACAAGCAACGACGACAGCUGGAUAAACUCCGCAACCACACUCCGCUUCUACCAAAGAGAGCCAUUAAGAAACACUUUGCGGUUGAUCCACAGGAAUAUCAGCGUCCCAAGUCAUGUGUGUUUGUGACCCAGUCUGUUGUAUGAUGUAGAAGAUUGUAGAUUUGUAGUGCUAGUUUUGUUAGAUUCUUGGUAAUUCAUGAAUGCUGUGAUAUUUUUUAUGCUAGGUUAUAUAUAUAUGUUUACAGUUAUAUGACAAAGAUCAUUGGUCUUGUUGUUGAAAUGUGUCGAUAGGAAGGUUUUCUGUUAAAAUAACAUGUUUUAAGGUCCCAAGUAAUUUACAUUCAUAAGGAAUAUAUUGAAGAUGUGCAAGUUCCUUAAAAGAAUGAAUAUGUCAAAUUCAGAACAAGACUUUAUUUUCUUUAUUGUGUAUCAUUUUUCAGUCGUGAUAUGAACUGAAUAAGCAUUUUCUGUGUUUUACAUUCAUAAUAUAUAAAGAUAUAUGGAUGAAUUGUUUGCCUUGAUUUUACUUUUUUAAUACUAUGUAUGUUUUUGACAUUCGUUAUUGAUUGAAAGACUGUUAUAUUAUAAAUGAUUGUAUAAAUGUUCAUUUGUAAAAGGUAUUAUAUCAUUGACAACGAAUGUUAUUAUAAUCACAUAACACUAUAUUGCCUGGUCGUGAGAUUUCGGGCCUUCAGAUAUAAAUAUUACAAAUGAAAUAAUCAUAUAUAAAAAACGCCCCCCCCCUUUUUAAUUUAAUUUUAAUUGUUAAUUUCUUGCAAACUUUUUUUAAAAGGAAUGUUAUUGGGGCAUAGAUUCCUUGACAAAUUUUGAUUAAUACUAUUAUAUUUGAACCUUUUAUCCACAAAAUAAUAUUUUGUUUGUUUUUAGUAUAUUAUAAUUAAAUUUUGAUUUGUAUUGUCAAAGCAGUAUUUACAAGCUAUCUAUUUCUGUUCUUACAUACAUUAUAGUUUUGUUAUUGGUGCUAUACAUAUGUAAUCAAUUAUAUAUAUGUAUGUGCUUAAUGGUUUUGGGAAAAUAAAUGGC